CUCGCUCAGUCAGUCAGUCAGUCAGUCAGUGAAGACAGAUAUGGCUAAGCAGAGCUGAACAUUGACCAUAGACUACUUGUCAGUCAACAUCCUGACGUUGAUCUUCCCUCAUUCGGAGUGUCACUCCUUUCCUUCUCUUUUCUCAUCAUCGUUAUGCACUUCAAGUGGGAAAUAAUCAAAUCACCAGAACUCUGCUCCAAUGACUCUAAAAGUGGACUCUAUUCUUUUCUACUUGCCUAGGUCAGCCAGAUGAACACAUACAAACCAGCCCACAAAGCCAAGGCUAGGCAUUUGUGCUUCGUCCUCCUCCUGUGCAUCCCUUUGGCAUGGGCUGGCGUCCCUGGUCCGUGUCAGCACUCUGUGACAAAGGGUCACCUCCUCAACCUCAAUCGCCUGAUUGACAAUCAGUUGGAGAAUGGCUGUUCAAUAACCUACGUAUUCACUGAGCUCCAGAGUUUGAGUGAAGUAUGUUAUGUGAAAGCAGCCUUUCCACAAAUCCUGGAGCUUCUGAACACAAACUUCAAUUAUGUCAUGAAGUCAGACAACGGGCGUUAUGUCAAAGCCCUGAAGAAGGUCAUAUACAACCUUUACUCCCAAAACUGUAUACCUGAAAUCAACGAGGAGAUUGAGGACAACCCAGUGAAGUUUGUGAGGGUGCACAGCACCUUGCCCAGAGAGGCUCUGAGGAAGGCCCGCGGGGUCAUUGAGAUGUACAUGACCCUGAUGACCAAGAGCAACGGGCCCAUCAACUGGAACUGUGAGGAAGAGUAUGCUGAGGAUUACCCAGAAUCCGCCACUGCCCUCCCCACCCCAACCACAGAUGUCUCUUUCCAUUCAACAAAUGGCCGCUUCACAGUUUGGAUUGAUUGAUUUUAUUUGUCAGUUAAAAAAAUAUACAUAUAUGCACACAGUACAUGCUGCUUACAAUGCUCAACCUCCAGAUGAGUAUGAGGGGGGAGUGUCACGGUUUCGGCCGAGGCGGCCCCUCCUCCUUGUUCGG